AAUGUUGUUCGUGUAAAUGCUUUACUAUAUCAUCUUAGGGAAAGAAAUGGACUGGUAAUUCCAUUAAUUCCUUGGCGUACAACAUCAUUAUCGUUUUAUUUCAAGUGCGUUUUCAUUGUUCAUAUUUGCGUUUGAUUCGUAAUAAGCCGUGUUAAUGAAAUAAUGUCUAAUUACCAGUAUCAUUGAAUCAUACUGGGCAAUUUUAGCAAACAGUAUAAAAUGUCUGUAUGCAUAAUUAAUUAUAAAAGCAUGUGCAACGAUUAAUAGUCAUGAAAUUUUGCAAAACCACGGUAACUUAUAAAUUGUAAGAUUAAACGAACUUGUGUUAACAUAAUACUGACAAAAGCCUAUUACACGUGUCAACGCUGGUUCAUUCUUUAAUUUAUCAUUUCAUUUCCAAGGAACCAUAUGAUAUAACAGAAAUAAAUUUACCUAAUAUACGUAUAAUCGUAAUACAUCUUUAUCCUUUUACAUUACAAAUACUACCAACGUUAUUAACUUAAUAUUGUUAUUAAAGUAUUCAUUACGAAUGCAUUUUUAAAUCAUUUGUUUCACAUAUUCAUCUCGCUCUAGAUUUACAUCCUUUAAUUUUAGAUUAGCUACAAAACAUAAAACUAUCGUUAUGUUAUUAUAAUUCUAACAAAAGAAAAAAAAAAUGUAGGAAAGAUUUCUUUGAACCAUAACUUCCAUAUAACUUACUAAAUGUUUGUUUAAAUUUAGUUUUUUCGUAGUUUCAACAUUUUAUUUUAAUGAUCUAUUUGUAAGCAAUAUUUCCUGUUCUACUAGUCUUGAAUGCGUUUCUUUAUCGUAUUAAAAUAGGGUGUCCGAGAAACCCUUUGCAGGGAACUGUGCUUGUGUGUUACGUUCCUGUUCCCGAGUCACUGCUAGGGGUGCUUGCCCUGCGGAUGAACUUAGACAGUAGGUUGCCGCCACGAAAGACGGUGUUAACGUCGAUAGUCAGUCACUAUUCGAAUCGUUCAGUAACCCGAAUGUCAGUCGAUAUCUUCAAACUCGACGGCCAAGAUGGGAAGGCUCUCCCAAUUCAUGUGCCACAGAAAGUGGGAUUCUUAGAAACGUAUCGUUACAUCAUGGAAGAUGCAGCAGAUUCCAGAGUAGCAGAUUGGUUCUUAAUGGGCAGUCCAUUUCCAUUGCUAGGAAUUAUAUUUCUUUAUCUGCUCUUUGUUCUUCGUUUUGGGCCUUUAUUUAUGAAAAAUCGAAAACCAUACAAUCUAAAUAAGUUUAUGAUUUGUUAUAACAUCUCUAUGGCCAUCGCGAGCGCAACUGUAUUUUACGGGCUACUUACCUCGGGCUUCACCACUAAAUUCUCUCUCGGAUGCGAGACUCAUGUCAUUUCAAACGACCCUGACUCUUAUCGCACGGCUCGAUGGGUGUGGAGGCUCUUAAUGUUGAAAGUCCUCGAGUUGAGCGACACCGUUAUCUUCAUUCUCAGAAAAAAAUACAACCAAGCGUCUUUUCUUCACGUUUACCAUCACACGUCGACCGCUUUCCUUUCGUGGAUAGCCUGCAAAUUUGUCCCAGGCGGCAUGUGGACGUUCACGAUUAUGCCAAACUGCAUCGUGCACGUGAUUAUGUACACCUAUUAUCUGCUCGCCUGCUUGGGCCCACAAGUGCAAAAGAGGAUCGCGCCUUGGAAACAAUAUAUUACGGGGUUACAAAUGUUGCAGUUCAUAAUCAUGAUAUGUCAUAUGUUCCAAACUUUGUUACCUACUUGCGAGCCAAAUCGGAAACCAAUAGCUUAUAUCUACAUGUCGCAGAUUCUUGUCAUGUUUUGCAUGUUUUGCGAUUAUUACAAGAAAUCAUAUCUGCGAAAAAAGACGGAAUAGAGAUUUAGAGUGACACAAAAGUUGGGGUGAUUUCGGAUUACACGCUGUUCGAAUGCUUCCUUCAAAAUCGUAGAAUUCAUCAUCGAAGAGGCGUCUCUGCAUAAACAUAAUUUCAUGGAAAAUUAAAAUGAAACAAUCACGGACGAUUACGUUUGAUAUACCGCACUGGUGGAACAUAUUAGACAGAAUAUAUUAGCAUAGGAUACGAUAUAAGAUCAAAAUUCUUUGUCUUAAAUGUUGCUUUACAAAUAUGUAUACUGCUUACUGCGAAAAUGAUUAAUUAUCAUCGAAAUUAAUACACUCGUACGUAUUUUAAAUGAAUCCUUCAAUAUAUCGAAUUUUUUUUUGAAGAGGUUUAAUGAAAUAUGUAGACACAAAGAAUUUAAAAUAUACAAAAUUUUUAAUAAUCACUUAUGCUAAUUGUUAUAAUUAGUCAAACAUAGAUGGAUUUUACUAGUAGCAUGCAGUUUUUCAAUAAAAAAAUGAACGAUA